UGUAAGCAUCUUUAUUCUAUUCUAAGGUGAAAAUAGACGACUUAUAUGAUAUUCUUGAUUCUGAAAUAAGUGCAUUUUGUACACUGAUAUCAACUUUGUAUGAACUGUACUCUACCUUGUUUACUCUUUUUUGACACCCAAGUUGUCAAUUUGGCUUGGAAUGGAAAUUUUAGGCAACUAAGAAUUUCCAAAUUUGAUAGAGAGACAAUAACUAUAAUAUGUAUAUAUACAACUGAAUUUGGAGUAGAAUUGUUUCCAGUAAUAAUCAGUCCAAGGCUGUCAGGACAACUUAAAUUCUCUUAUUUUACAUCAUUUGCAUUUCUUCAUCACAAUGUUGCUCACAUGAAAACAAAAAACAUUUAUAUAAUUUUGUUUUUUUCAUCUCUGUAUUUAACUUCAUCUCCAUCAUCUUUAGUUUCAUCAAUUAGUGUUCUCUCUCCUAUCCUCGUGUGAAGCUGUAGCUUUUCUUCUUCUGAAAAUCAUGAGCAGCAUUACAGUUCUUUUAGUUUUUGCAUUUCUUCUGUUGCGUGGAUUUGAUGUGUGUCUGUCACAAGGGCAACUUAAAGUUGGGUUUUACUCCCAAACAUGCCCUAAUGCAGAGUCCAUAGUCAAGUCUGUUGUCGCAAAGGCAACUGCUGAUGACAGCAGUACCCCCUCUGUUCUCCUUAGGCUUCAGUUCCAUGACUGCUUUGUGCAGGGCUGUGACGGUUCUAUAUUGGUUGACAAUGAGCGUGCGGCAGUUGAACAUAAUGGAGUAGGAGGAUUUGAUCAGAUAAAAACAGCCAAAGAAUUGAUAGAGGCUCAGUGCCCUGGAGUGGUGUCUUGUGCCGAUAUUGUGGCCAUGGCUGCUAGAGAUGCUGUGGCCUUGGCUGGUGGACCAGCUUUUGAAGUCGAGACAGGGCGCCGAGAUGGAAAAAUUGCCAUGGCAUCCCUGGCUGCUGCCAUCCCUGAUGUCAAGGACUCAAUUGGCACCCUCAAAUCUAAGUUCAAAGGCAGUGGACUUUCCGAGAAAGAACUUGUGGUCUUAACAGGAGGAGGACAUACUAUCGGCACCACAGCCUGUUUCUUCGUGGUGGACAGACUCUACAAUUUCACUGGAAGAAACAUUUCCGAUCCUUCAAUAAACCCCAAAUUCUUACCCGUUCUGAGGAGAACUUGCCCGAAGAAUGGAGACGCUAGUGUCAGGCUGCAACUUGAUCCCAUCACUGGAAACAGCUUUGACGAUCAGGUCUUCAAGAACAUCAAGAAGGGGUUUUCUGUGCUAGCGUCUGAUGCCAGGCUAUUAGAUGACGUUUCCACCAAAAAAGCUGUGGAUUUCUAUAGAGGUGAAGACGAUGGAAGCUUUGCAAGAGACUUUGCAGCAGCAAUGGUGAAAAUGGGCAGAAUUGGCGUCAAGAACAGUUCUCAGGGAGAGAUAAGACGCGCUUGCAAUGCCGUUAAUAAGUGAGACUUCUUCAUGACUAUGACUAUGGCUAUGAGAUUUAGUUUAUAUGGUGGUGACUAAUAGUUG